AUGUAUGUAAUUGUAAAGUCUAACAACAAUUCAGCCCCUGGGCUGCUAGUGUUAGACUCUGAGAACGUGAAUGAGUGCGACACCUAUGGUGGACAGGGUCCCUGUGACUAUCACAACGGCAUCUGCCACAAUUCCCCGGGAAGUUACGGCUGCCAGUGUAAGUUUGGAUUUGAACUCAAGGAAGACCAGCACGAGUGCAAAGAUGUUGAUGAGUGUCUGGACAACUCAGGAACGGGCCCAUGUGAUCACAUCUGUAUUGACAUGACCGGGAGCUACCGCUGCUCUUGUAGAGACGGAUACGACCUGGGUGCUGAUGGCUUCUCAUGCGCUGAUGCUGAUAACUGCCGAUCCAACCCUUGUGAGAAUGGAGGAAUUUGCCUUGAUGGAAGCGGAAACUACACUUGUCAAUGCCAAAGUGGAUUCAAGGGUGACAACUGUGAAGUCGCCCCAUGCAGUGAGGACUAUGGGCCACCAGAGCACGGGUCUGCGACCUGCGCUGCUGUUUCAACCGGAGGCAGAUUUUGCACUGUCGCCUGUACCGCCCAAUACGACUUUGCCUGCGAACCUGCGGACGGUUACACCUGUGAUGAGGAGGGUCAGUGGCAUGAGGUCGGACGGUCAAGCUGCCCAGAGAGAUUGAGCGAAGAUGCUCCAUGGCCGGACUGUUCUCGGGCAUAUUUUUUUGGCUUUCCUAGGAUGAAAAGCGAAGUGGAUUUCUACUAUGACGGAGACUGCCAAAGCAACGUUGCUGCAAUCCAACAGAUGUUCGAAAGUCUGUUCAACACCCUCGGUGAAGCAGCAACUUCGGGAUCAGGCAACAUUGAGAACAUCAACGUCGACUGUGGAGGCUCCUCUAAGACUUCGAAAAACACAAAAACCCGUUCUGGCCCUGGUUUUGUCGUGCAGUUUGAUGUCGUCGCCGUCAGUACUUUGCCACCUGAUCAGAUCACUCAAGCUGAUCAGGCCAAUCUCAUGUAUCUUCUUUCAGACACCGCCCAUGCAAUUGUAAACAAGAUCUCAUCCGGGGAAUUCAGCAUGACCAUCGAUGGCAAACUGGCAACAGGAACAUCUUUUGCGAUGACAGCCCCUCCAGCAUUUGAAGUCGACUGCCAAGAUGGACAAAUGACCGUGAUUGAGAAUUUCUCAGCAUACUGCCUUGCCUGCCCGAGGGGAACCCACAAGCCAGCUGACAGCACCUCCUGUGUAAAGUGUAACUACCAGGAGUACCAGGACGAGGAGGGACAGUCUACCUGCAAGUCUUGUCCUGCUGGAACAAACGCCGUCUUCAGGGGGGCUAAGGACAUCACGGACUGUACGAAUGUGUUGGAGGUGAAGCGCCUUGUGCAGACUGCCUUCUGGUUAGUGGAAGUUUCCGCUGCAAGUGUGCCGCUGGCUGGGCAGGCUCCAGUAAUGGCCUGA